AAUAAAUGCGCAGCUGGAGCAGGCGGAGAAAGUGACAAGAGUUCCCGUGCGGACCUGCAGAGCGGCUCCCAGAGUCUUUUGGGGUCCCUGGCGUAAAAGAGAUAUACAAUGUCUUACAGCGUGACACUCAACGGACCCGGGCCAUGGGGGUUCCGGCUACAAGGAGGGAAGGACUUCAACAUGCCGCUGACCAUCUCCAGGAUUACACCUGGCAGCAAAGCAGCUCAGUCCCAGAUGAACCAGGGGGACAUGGUGGUCGCCAUUGACGGCAGCAACACGGAAGGCAUGACCCACCUAGAAGCCCAGAAUAAGAUCAAAUCCGCCAGCUACAACCUGGCUCUUACUCUCCAAAAAUCAAAGCGCCCGAUUCCAAUUUCGACCACCAACCCAAGGAUUGACUCUCCCAUGCCCGUGAUCCCUCAUCAAAAGGUCAUAGCCAAUACUGCUGCCAACACGGAGUACGUGGAACGUUUCAAUCCCAACUUGCUGAAGGAUUCCGCUCUGUCUACGCACAAACCCAUUGAAGUGAAAGGCCCAGGUGGCAAAGCCACCAUCAUUCACGCCCAGUAUAACACCCCAAUCAGCAUGUAUUCUCAAGAUGCUAUCAUGGAUGCCAUUGCAGGCCAGGCCCAAGCCCAGGGCGGUGAACUUGCUGGUGAAUCUCCAUUGGCUAGCCUCCCAGUUAAAGAUCCUCAUGUAGACAGUGCCUCUCCAGUGUAUCAGGCUGUACUUAAAACUCAGAGCAAACCUGAAGAUGAGCUUGAUGAUUGGAGUCGCCGUUCUUCCCACCUCCAGUCCAGGUCCUUCCGCAUCCUGGCUCAGAUGACGGGAACUGAGUACAUGCAAGAUCCAGACGAAGACGCCCUGAGGAGAGCAAGGGAAAGGUUUGAAACGGAACGUAACAGCCCACGUUUCGCCAAAUUGCGCAACUGGCAUCACGGCCUCUCGGCGCAAAUCCUUAAUGUAGCUGCAGAUGACUGUAACUAUUCAGUAGUGGGGGAGAAAGGCAAGUGCAUGAGAAAUACCCCCGUUGAGCAUGCGCCAGUGUCUACCAGCUGCACCCCUCCCGCUAUGCCGCCUGCUUCAGCCAAUCAGCUUGCUGCCGCCACUCACAGCAUCGCCCUUCCGACGAACGUGCCUCCGGCUGACUCCGUCUCGUCUUGCCAGAGAGGUCCAGGCCAAUCUUACACCUCUGCGCCAGCUUCCCACGGCCCAGCACCGUACCCCGGCUACAGUGAAGCCCCGGCUCCUGCUUCGAAACCCAGAGUGGUCACCACUGCCAGCAUAAGGCCAUCUGUCUAUCAGCCAGCUCCUGCUCCUGCACCAGCACCAGCCCCGAUUCAUUCAUAUACUCCAGGUGACACGGAGCCUUCAAGCCGCCCUCCCUGGAUAACGGACGACUCGUUCUCCAAUAAGUUUGCUCCUGGGAAGUCGACAACCACAGUCACAAAGCACAUCCUGCCCCGGGGUGCUCCGGUGCCGCCGCCGCCGCAGCCUGCCGCCGCUCCAUCUUACCCACCGCCUUCAAUUUCGGCCUCCUCUCAGGCUCCGGCAGUCGCUCGGGGAACAAUCCAAAGGGCCGAGCGCUUCCCAGCCAGCAGCCGAACUCCACUCUGUGGACACUGCAACAGCGUAAUCAGGGGUCCUUUCCUGGUAGCCAUGGGACGUUCUUGGCAUCCCGAGGAGUUCAACUGUGCCUACUGCAAGACAUCCCUGGCUGAUGUCAGUUUUGUCGAGGAGCAAAACAGCGUGUACUGUGAGCGUUGCUACGAGCAGUUCUUCGCCCCGACCUGCGCCAGAUGCCACACAAAGAUCAUGGGAGAAGUGAUGCAUGCCCUUAGGCAGACUUGGCACACAACUUGCUUUGUCUGCGCUGCCUGCAGGAAGCCGUUUGGGAAUAGCCUGUUCCACAUGGAGGACGGAGAGCCCUACUGCGAGAAAGACUAUGUUGCCUUGUUCAGCACCAAAUGUCAUGGAUGUGACUUCCCUGUGGAAGCAGGAGAUAAGUUCAUCGAAGCCCUUGGACACACUUGGCAUGACACCUGCUUCAUUUGUGCAGUGUGCCAUGUGAAUUUGGAAGGCCAGCCAUUUUAUUCGAAGAAGGAUAAGCCACUGUGCAAGAAGCAUGCACACGCCAUCAAUGUCUAAAGGAGGAGCUAGAAGACAGAGCCGAAUUGAAGUGAAUGAAAUAGAGAUAACGACGGAUUUCUCAUUGUGUGGAAGAGGGCUGGGGAGGCAGUGAAUAUUGAACAGUUCUGAAGCUGAAUCCAAUUGCUUUUAUAUUUGCAGAUCUUGUUCUUGCAUAAUUAAUACAAAAAAAACACAAAUGCAAAUGAAGGUUCGAAACAUGACAGUGAAAUGCUGCUGCAAAAGUUUGAGCAAAAUGAACCACAAGAAUAACAUUGUUUUAAAAUGUUAAAAGCAGUUUAAAAUAUUCAGUAUCUUCUAGCAUAACCACCAGGGCUAAUAUAAUGCACUAGACUAGAGCUUUAGAGAAAAAAAUAACAAGUCAACCUUAGUAUUACCACAUAUUACAAAGUGCGAAAACAGACAGAGUUGGAUGAGUUGUAUAGUAGUAGCCAAAAGCCAAUAGAUAGGUUAAGCAUGUAUAACAAAAGAAAUCAUAUUCCACUGACUUUUCCGACCAUCAUAUUGUAUAGACCUUAGAGUAACGUGUAUAGAUCUCACAGAAUGGAGUAAAAAUCCCCUACUCUGUUUUUCUCAAACCCUGUUCAUAACUUACACGGAAUGCACGUACAACCCGUGUACAGUGUACACUUGAUUCUUUUAUACACAUGCAUUAAGAAAUUCUCAAGUUACAUUCAAUUCAUGUACGACUGAAUGUGUGAUAUAAGCCAUCCAUUUAUCCAGGUACUGUCCCCCAGUUUGAAUUGCAGCAUGGACAUGCAUUGACUCUUUCUUACCCACAGAUCUACAAAAGUAAGCACAGGAUGUACAUAUGUACACUGUAAUGUGUGAAUAGAGCUUCAUUCGAGGCUUGAACUGGAAUGCAAUUAAAGGUGAACUCACUGUGCCUCCAGCACUGUGGAACAUCCUUCCCUAAGGGGUGGUCCCAAGUCACCUUGGUGACAUGUGCAUAUAAAGGAACCACAUAAGGCUGGGUGCUGAUAGGGAUUUAUCUUAGAUAGACUGUCACUGGGGCAUCAUCUUAGAUAGACUCUCACUGGGGCAUCAUCUUAGACUCUCACUGGGGCAUCAUCUUAGAUAGACUCUCACUGGGGCAUCAUCUUAGACUGUCACUGGGGCAUCAUCUUACUUAGAUAGACUCUCACUGGGGCAUCAUCUUAGAUAGACUCUCACUGGGGCAUCAUCAUUUAUGUGAGAAUUAACCCUGUCACUGGCCCCAUACAUAGUUGCUCAGGACUCUUGCAAUGCAGUCCUUAACAAAGUCCCACCAACUUCAGUGAACUCAGAAGGGCGUAACUCUGUUUAGGAUUGCAGUGUCACUGGAGCGGCGUGAGACCACUCUUUGCACAAGUAUAUCCUAUGCUUCUGUAGACAUGACUUGGUCCUAACGUCAGUGGAAUAGAAUGAGGGGUAAGCGCGGCACUGUGUGUAAGUUAUUUCUGAUGGUACUAUCCCCACCUGUGGGCUGUGAUGUAUGUGAAUACUGCAGGAGCAUAGGAAGGGACAAUUGCCCUGCUCUUCUUAUCAGAACAGAUUACGGAACAAGCACCUUGGGAGGUGCGUCUGGACCCCUCACUUUCGCUUUUCAGGAGGCAGUUGGAGACAGUUUUAUUUAAUACUGCCUUUGUCGAAUGUAGUUUUUAUUUAUUGGCAGUCUGAUCUGGUGAUUUUAAAUUGUGAGGUUUUUUAAUUUGUUUUUUUAAAAAAAUCAACCUUGUUUUAUUUGAUUGUAAGCCGCCUUGAGUUCCGCAGGGUAGAAAGGCCGCUAAUAAAUGUUUUAAAUAGAGAGUAGAUCAUGUGAUAAAAUGCCCAGGUGCUCAGGUAUUGAGAAUGCGACGUUCACAUCCAUACUGCAGCUUCCUGGGAUAGGACGAUGGGGAUGUUAUGAGAAAAGACCUCUUUUGUUGGAGUGGUUGGUUGAAGGGAUAAGAGAAGAACCCUAGCUGGAAGAAAUUAAUUCCUGUUGCGUAUACAAACAAGAAAAAAUGCACAGCAUCUGAGCCUUACAGAACAGAAAUGCUGCCUUUUAUUUCUAUACAAAGUUGAUUUAUUUGUAUCUGUUUUUCAUCACACAUGGGUAGGGGAGAUAUCUUGUAGAAUAUCAGGCUAAAACAGAGAUGGCAAACAGGAGAGAGACAGGGUCCUACUGUUCUUUCCAUGUGAUUGAGAAUGAGGCACCAUUUUCCUAGUAAAAUUGAUAUCAUUAACAGGGCGGUCUUAUAGGCAUGCCCAGUUCUAACUGUGUUUAGAUUAUUUAAACAAGACAUCUCUGGGUUGCGCUUGCUGCUAUGAGGGAAUAAAGCCUGUGGAACUUAGGGCAGUGUUAGUUUAACAGCUUUUUCAGGUUUUCAGCAAACUUUAUUCAGCGUCUGCAGAAUGACUUAUUGAUGCUUUUUUAUUGUUGCAAACGGCAACAAGUAUUUAUACUGACUGGAUAUUUAAGUUUUUAUAUUUUAGUAUCUGAUAACGAAUGGUGGUCCUUGUCCCUGUUUUAUAUUUUAGGAUCUGGUAACAGAUGGUGGUCCCUGCCCGCUCAAAAGAGAAUCCUAAAAUAUGCCAUAUGUCAGUGGCUCGUUUGAGUAGGCAAAAUGGUCAUCGUCUUGGAUUCCACAAUAAACCUUCACUAAUAGAAGAUAUUUCCACCAGCAGAAUGGGAUUUCCUCUCUCCUUUGACAGCCAGAAAUUCUCCCAAAAAUGCUACUGGGAGGGAUGCAGAAGAGUAUAGACGGAGCAGGAAAUUGGCAUAAAUUACCCCCUUCCUAUAAAUGGAAAUUUACCAUGGGAUCCAAGCUAGUAUUUGAAGCUGUUUACACUUGAGUAGUCCCAGUAUUAUACUUUGCAAUAAGUAGCUUUGUUAUUAAUGCCUCUAAUUUCUUAUUUACAGUGACGUGACGUAUUUACCAUUCAUUAAACCAGUUCACAAUCUGAUUUUAGGAAUGUUUACUUGAUGAGUUUUAUUUUUAACCAAGCAGCAGCAAGAUAAACUUAACAGUGACUAUCUUCUCCUUCUCAAAACACUUUGUUUUAUUUUACAAAAUGCGCUAGAGUCUAAAGCCAGCUAAAAUGAAAGUUUAAACUUUAAUUUAAUUAUGAUUUAUUGGAGAGAGUAAACUAAAUGCUUUGCUACCUGGCUGAAAUUUAUUGAAUUUAAAACUUUGAAAAAAUAGGACAGAGAUUGGAGAACAUGUCACAGUAUUUAUGUAUUAGUAUAUAACACUUUGCUCAUUUUACUCAAACCUUGUUUUACAUAUUUUAAGCGUGUCUUACCUCCAAUAUAUAUGCAAGUACACAGCACUUUAAUUCUUGCCAUCUGGGAAGUUUAAAAUAGGACUGCAGAACCAUGUGAUUAAUUGUUCUUAAAAAGAAUCUCUAGUAUUUUAGUCACACUUUUUAUUUAUCUGCAACAAACUAGACUCCCCUUUGACCUACCUUCAGCUCGACCCCAUAGCUGGUAAAAAUUAGAAUAGUUAGUAGCAAUGGAGCUUCCUGCAACCUGUAAACCCCAAAAACGCACAAAGAGGUGAUUAUCACACUAUUUUCCAUUUCAGAUUUUCUCUUACUAGUACUUUUCUUACUAGUACUUACUAGUACUAGUACACUAAUAAAAGGACAACGAGCUCCCUGUAUGGCUUCCUAACACAACAGCAAACAAACUGUAUAACAGAUUAUGGAUUGACUUGCCUGUGAGGACUCCGCCACUACUCACUGGGUUAUGGGAGUGGCAUUGUUGCCAGGGGUCUCUGACUGGAUGCCCUCCUGUUCCAAUAACGCUUGGAUGACUGAAAUAAUGGGGCGAGUGAGGUCAAGGGAAUCACUUGUCACAUUCCCUCCUCAGCUCUGCUGUCCCCCAGUCUCCAGCUGGCAAAUGCACUAAAAUUUGUUCACCCAACUCAAAUAGUCCCCUAGCAUAUUUCUAAAGAAUAUAAUCCAUUGUCUACAUACAUCUUUACCAAACGCUUGAGCAUGUUUACAUGGCAGUUUUAGAGUGUGAUCCUAAGAACAUUAACUUGGGGAGGAUUCUACUGAUGUCAGUGGCAAUUCAGAGUUAGUGCAGGUAACUUCUGAAGUCAACUCUCCAAAAGAAAUACUAACUGUUCCAUGUUGGAGAGCAUUGUAUUCAGGUAAACACAGAGGUGGGAUCCAGUAGGUUCUCACAGGUUCCCGAGAGUAGGUUAUUAAUUAUUUGUGUGUGCCGAGAGGGGGUUACUAAUUGGUGAUUUUGCCACGUGAUUU